UAGAACCUACAUUCCUGUUCGGAUUGUUUCGGUUCAGCGAGAUCUUGUGUAAUAACAAGUGACGUCAGCCGUACACGAGACUCAUGGCGAUGAAUACCACUUUGUAAAUACCAUUGAACGAGUUUCAGGAUGAAAACUUCAUUUUGGAGUCAGUUGAAGUCCCUAUUAUGGCGAAACUUUCUUCUGAAAAAGAGAAACAAAAGACAGUUUUUGCAGGAAGUAUUUUUCCCAGUCUUCUUUGUGUCGCUCAUGGCAAUGAUCAAGGCAUUUACAAAACCCAAGACAUUUCCUGUCACUUCUUUCCCGGAAAAUUCUCUUUCCAACGGUAGAUUUCACUUUAAUACUUCAAAGAAAUUGUUAGUGUCACCCAACACAACUGAGGUUGAAACUUUGAUGACCGAGAUAUCAACCCUUCUUGGUGGUGUUCAGUAUGAGACAUUUUUCAGCCAGGCUGCAGCAGAGGAGAGGUACAAAGCAAACCCGACCAACGUGGCAGCUGGGAUUAUAUUUGGUUUUGAAGGAGGAACAAACUUUAACUAUGCAAUUCGGAUGCCGUAUAGAUCUCUGCCUUCCGUCAGUGAUGUGUUUACUAAAGCACUAAAUCAGGGUCAGUGUAGAGAGGAUCCCAAUGGAACUAGAUCUGGAAGGAAGUGUCGAGCCAACUUUUAUCUCACAACUGGUUUUGUCUGGCUUCAGAAUGUUGUUGAUUCAGCACUCAUAAAAAAAAAUAAUGUAGCAUUUACUAUGCCAAAUGUCUCAGUCCAGUUGAUGCCCAAGGAUAAAUUCACACAAAGUCUUGAAAGCAUCCAAAUUGGGUCAGCCAUCUACUUCGUUUUUGCUUACUGUUUCUUCAUUAACUUUCUGUGUGUCGAUCUGGUAGCAGAGAAAGAAAGAAAAAUUCGAGAAGGAAUGAAGAUGAUGGGUCUUAGAGACUCUGUUUGGUGGUUGUCAUGGGCACUUAUCUACAUGGUGGUUAUUCUCUUUGUUACCGUUGUUGUUGUCAUCAUUGCCUUUGCAUCAUCCUUUUUCAAGACUGAAAGUCUGUUCAUGUUUUUUAUCAUGAUGCUUCUUUACGGAUUAUCAAUUGUGAACUUAGCAUUUGUGAUGACUCCUUUCUUCAUAAAGGCUCAGGUUGCUGGACUUGUGGCCGCUUUCUCUACUAUCGUCAUCAGCCUACUGUACUUCAUCGUGAGCAUGACGAGGACGACCACCCUCACCGGCUACGACUACAGCAUCUCACCAGCCGGUCGCUGGGCUCUCUGUCUGCUCUCACCUGUGGCUUUCUCACUGGCUAUAGAUCAGGGAAUAUUUCUGGAUAUUGUUAAAGGAGGAAUGACGCUUUCAAAUGCCUCAACGGGAGACUUUCCACUGUAUGCGCCCAUUGUCAUGUUAUUGGCUGACAGCUUUCUGUACCUCAUCCUGGCUGUCUACUUAGACCACGUUAUUCCUGGGGAGUAUGGUCCCCGUUACAAGCCAUGGUUCUGCCUGACACCGUCCUACUGGUGUGGACAGAGGAAGAGCACAGAGUUGACCAGUCUCGUGGAUGCAGAAGGUCAUGAUGGACCCCGGAGGAGUGAACAAACAGACGACAUAGUGGAGCCAGUGUCUCCAGAUCUGGCAAACAAAGCUGGCAUUCGAAUAUCUAAAAUUUCUAAAGUCUUCAAAGACAAAAGGAACACGAUUAAUGCCAUUGAUGGAUUAACACUGGAUAUAUAUGAAGGCCAGAUUACAGCACUACUUGGUCACAAUGGAGCAGGGAAGACAACUCUAAUUAAUAUGCUAUGUGGAUUAUCUCCUCCUAGUUCUGGAACAGCAACAAUAUAUAAUAUGGACGUGUCUCAUAGUGGAGAUAUGGAGAGAAUUCGAUCCAUGACCGGGGUCUGUCCUCAGCAUGACAUCCUGUAUGAUGAACUGUCCUGUCGUGAACACCUCGACAUCUUCGCUGGCAUCAAAGGAGUGAGAGAAAAGGAGAGGGCUGAUGUUGUUAAAACGAUUAUGAAGGCUGUUGAUAUUGUCGACCAAGCUGAUGUCCUUGCCAAAAACCUGAGUGGAGGACAGAAGAGGAAGCUGUCUGUUGCAAUUGCCCUAAUAGGAGAUCCAAAGAUGCUUAUACUUGACGAGCCAACAGCAGGAAUGGAUCCUUACUCUAGACGCCACCUGUGGUCUCUCCUGAAGAACAGCAAGGAGGGGAAGAUAAUUCUGUUGACCACACAUUUCAUGGAUGAAGCUGAUAUAUUGGCAGAUCGCAAAGCCAUUAUUAAUCAUGGCAAACUGAAAUGUUGUGGAUCAUCAUUGUUUCUCAAACAGAGAUUUGGAAUUGGAUACCACUUGAACAUGGUGGUGGAACCUGAAUGUAAUGCUGACAGGGUGACGGACUUGCUGAGACAGCACGUGUCUGGGAUUGAAAUGAAGAGGUCGCAUGGUAAAGAGCUUGCCUUUACCAUGCCCAUGUCAGAAGUUAGCAGGUUUCCAGGAAUGUUCACUGAACUUGAGGCAACUGUUAAGGGCUCUAUUGGUGCUGGGCAAUCUCAGGCAGAGUUAUUAGGAAUCAUAAGUUAUGGAGUUUUCAUGACAUCACUGGAGGAAGUGUUUCUGAAAAUAGGGUCAGAGAACGAAGACAAAGAAGAAAACGAAACCACCGAACCAUCACCCCAGAACGAGCAGCACAGUAUACCCAUGCCCACUUCAAACGAAACGGUCAACCUUACAUCUCAGCGAUUCUGGACACUGAUGAAGAUGAGAUUUAAGAUAAAGAUUCGGAACACGACUGCUUUGAUCUUUCAGAUUUUUAUUCCCAUUGUGCUUGUCAUCAUUGGCUGUGUUCUCAGCAAACAAGGCACAUCCGAGGACACAUCAUUUACAAAACCAGUGACAAUGAAAUCUUUCUACGUUGGGCCACAUAAACCACCUUUCCUUGCUGUUGAUACAGCAGACACACCAGGUUCAAGAACAUUUAUCGAUGGACUUGGGAGUGUUGAGAAGGUCAAUUCAUCUGUGAAUAUUGCUGAUCUACCAAAACAUUGGGUGGGCUUUAACCUUAAGGACCUACAAACAGGUAAGAACUUAACAUACACUGCAAUGUACAAUGACUCGGCUAUUCAUUCACUACCAGCUGUGAUCAACUUGGUGUCGAAUGGACUUCUUGCGAUGGUUGAGAAUAUAACAGCAUCCAGUCUGAUGUGGCCAUCUGUUGUGCAGUCUGCGGUGCCAAACCUUUCCUACAAUUCCAAUGCCUUCUCAGCAGCAUUCAUUCUUGCCGUGGCAUUUGUUGUUGUACCAACAGGAUUUGCUGUUGAGGUUGUUGCUGACCGUCAGAUCAAAGCAAGGAGCCAGCUACGAGUUUCAGGAAUCACAUUCAUGAUGUACUGGGUCACCCUGUUUCUCUUCCAUCUCGCCAUCUAUUUCAUUCCGGCAGUCAUUAGCAUUAUAAUUGUUCUUGCUGCUCAGAUUCCAUCGUUCAUCACUGCAGGAGCCAUACUAACACUGGUAAUGCUUUUCUUAGCAUACAUCCCGGCCAAUCUCCUGCUCGCCUAUGUGUUCUCAUACGCCUUUGAAACAUUUGAAACUUGCCAAGCAGUCCUUCCCAAUGUUUUCAUCUUUUCAGGGAUUAUUCCCUACAUAGCGAUAUCACUGAUGGAUAUGUUGGGUCAUCCAGAUGUAGCAAAGAUCGUUCACUAUGUGAUGUGCGUCAUUGAUCCUCCUUAUAUCAUCUUUGGUGGAAUAUACUACAUAGAAAGGAUAUCACGUGUAGCAGAUAUUCUACAACAGCCAGUAACGUUUGACAUGUACUUUGAGAUGGACAACAAUAUUAUCUACCCAAUUAUUGUGGCUCUAAUACAUAUUGUAGUAAUGAUCGUGCUACUGAGAAUUGUGGAUCUGCACAGUACUGGCGGUAGUCUUGUCCAAGCUAUAAUGUGUUGCAUCUCGAAGGUGAAGGCUAUUCCCGAAGAGAACAGUGAUAUCCCUGACGAUGAGGAUGAUGAUGUGAAAGAUGAACGACAUCGUGUCAACAAACUCCAUGGCAUUGCAGAUAGACACAUGAUUGUAAUACAGUUAUUUCUGAUGAACCUGCCUGUGUCAUUUAGGAGAGCAGGUGACAAGACACAUGAUCGCAUUGACUGCUGCUGUCGAUCAGUGACCAGAUCUUACUUGGGGUGGAUGCCAGUGGCGUAUGUGAGGAAUUUGAGGAAAGAAUUCAAGAAACGUACAACAAAACACCAGACGAAGGAAAACUCUGUGAAGGUGGCUGUGCAGAAUGCAACUUUUGCUGUGGAUAAAAACGAAGUUUUUGGUUUGCUCGGACCCAAUGGUGCUGGGAAAACAACCAUCUUGAAUAUGGUCAUUGCAGAGACUUCAGCUACUAAAGGAAAGAUCAUUGUAGCAGGUCACAAUGUCCACUCAAGUGCAUCCGAAGCAUUCCAGGCUAUUGGCUAUUGUCCACAGCAUGAUGCAUUGUGGCCGAGUAUCACACUGAAGGAACACUUGGCGUGCUACGCAGCCAUCAAGGGAAUACCACGAGGAGAUAUUGACUCACUUGUCAACUACUUUGUGGAUAAUCUAAAAGUUACAGAGCAUGCAGACAAAAGAGCUGAUAAAAUGUCUGGUGGGACACGACGAAAGGUGAGCUAUGCAAUAAGUAUGUUGGGCAAACCACAGAUUGUUUUGCUGGAUGAACCUUCCACUGGCAUGGAUCCACAGUCCAAGAGAUUUCUGUGGGACACAAAGAGCUCUAGCUUCAUGUCGUGAUGGGCGAGGAGCCAUUUUGACAACACACUAC